ACUUUUUAGGUACUUGCGUCUGAAUUUCAUUCACUGAGGAGAUCAGGGGUUAGUGUCCCCUACAAGAUAGCCACACAGCAAAAAUGUUUGCAAAACUGAAGAAGAAAAUUGCAGAAGAGACUGCUGUUGCUCAGAGGCCAGGCGGUGCUACUAGGAUCCCACGAUCUGUAAGCAAGGAGUCUGUGGCUUCUAUGGGAGCUGACUCAGGAGAUGACUUUGCGUCCGAUGGAAGCAGCUCCAGAGAAGAUCUCUCAUCCCAGCUUUUGAGAAGAAAUGAACAGAUACGGAAGUUAGAGGCCAGACUUUCUGACUAUGCUGAACAGGUCCGAAACUUGCAGAAGAUAAAAGAGAAGCUUGAAAUUGCAUUAGAAAAACACCAGGAUUCUUCCAUGCGGAAAUUUCAAGAACAGAAUGAAACAUUCCAAGCCAACAGAGCCAAAAUGGCAGAAGGACUGGCUUUGGCAUUAGCCAGGAAGGACCAGGAAUGGUCAGAAAAGAUGGACCAGCUUGAAAAGGAUAAAAGGUUUCUAACAGCUCAACUGCAAGAAGUAAAGAACCAGAGCUUGAGCCUUUUCCAAAAGAGAGAUGAAAUUGAUGAGUUAGAGGGAUUCCAGCAACAGGAAAUCAGCAAAGUAAAGCACAUGCUUUUAAAAAAAGAAGAAUGCUUGGGGAAGAUGGAGCAAGAGUUGGAUGCACGAACCAGGGAACUUAAUCAUACUCAGGAGGAGUUGGUGACUUCCAAUCAGUUGUUGUCUGACUUAAACCAGCGGCUAGAAGAAUUGCAGAGACACUGCUCAACGCUGGAAGAACAGAGAGAUCAUGUGACAGCUUCAAAAGCAGGUGCAGAACAUAAGGUUAUUGUCCUGGAACAAAAGGAACAAGAGCUACAAGAGCUCAUCCAGCAGCUUUCCAUUGACUUACAAAAGGUCACUGCGGAAACUCAAGAAAAAGAAAAAGUCAUCACACAUUUGCAAGAGAAGGUUAUAUUCUUGGAAAAGAGACUAGAACAGAAUUUAUCAGGAGAAGACCAUGCACAAGAACUCUUGAAAGAGAAAACAGUUGCUGAACAGAAUCUGGAAGACACUAGGCAGCAGCUCUUAGCUGCCAGGAACAGCCACACCAAGGCCGUUGACCUGCUGGAGACUCAGGUGAAGGACCUAGAAAAUCGCCUACAGGCUGCUGAAGAGCAGCUAAGUCAGAGCAGAGAUGUUGUGGCUGCCCAGGAAGUCCAGAUCCAGAAGCUUAUCACUACAAACCAAGAGAGUAGCCUUUCCCAGCAGCAGGUUCUUGGCCUGGAGCAGCAUUUCAGGGAGCGUACCCAUGCACUGGAGGCGCAGAUUGAAACUCUGGAACAAACACGGGUGGCCAACCAGAUAGCCUCAGAGCGUGUAAUGCAACAGCUGCAGCAGGAAAACGUGGCCCUUAUAGAAAGCAGAAAUGAAUGUGAACGUUCUUUACAACAUCACCAAUUAGAGCUAAAGAAACUAAAGGAUGAAUGGAGUCAAAGAGAAAUUAUGAGUGUAGCUAUGGCUCAAGCCCUGGAGGAAGUUCAGAAACAGAGGGAAGAGUUCCAACAACAGGCUGCUGAGCUGACCGCCAUCAUAGAAGAGAAAAAUCAGAGCCUGUGUGAAAAGGAUGAGGUGCUUCUCCAGAAGGAGCAGGAACUUCACCGGCUGGAGAAAGGUCACAACUCUGCCCUGCUGCAGAUGCACCAACUGCAGAGUGAAGUAGAGGCCUUGAGGACCUGUAGGGCCCAGGAGGCAGUGCCAGCCACAACAGGAGAGGACCCCCUGCCAAUGCAGGGCCAGGAGCCACUUGUCAUCUCAAAAGCUAUGCAGGAUUCUGAGUAUGAGCUUCCAGCUGUAGAAGGAACUCCAAAUGGUGAGGUUGGGGCCAUGGAUCUAAAGCAGCUACAGAAAGAAAAGCAGGACUUAGAGCAGCAACUUACAGAGAAAAAUAAGGUUAUGAAGCAGAUGCAGCAGAGGAUGCUGGAACUUAAGAAGACUCUGCAGAAGGAGUUGAAAAUCAAACCCGACAGUGAGCUUUUUGAGGUCCGGGAGAAGACAGGCCCUGAGAUACCAAAUAUGGCCCCUUCUGUCACCAAUAAUGCUGACCUGACUGAUGCCCGAGAGAUCAACUUUGAAUACCUUAAGCAUGUUGUUUUAAAAUUCAUGUCCUGUCGAGAAUCUGAGGCUUUUCAUCUCAUAAAAGCAGUGUCAGUGCUGCUGAAUUUCUCACAAGAGGAGGAGAACAUGCUCAAAGAAACUCUGGAAUAUAAGAUGUCUUGGUUUGGAUCCAAACCAGCUCCCAAGGGCAGCAUCCGGCCUUCUAUCUCCAACCCUCGGAUACCAUGGUCCUAGACCCACCCAAGGAUAGAGCUACACGGGCUGACACUCUUUCUAUGAAAAGAACACUGACACACCAGACUGGGUGGGUUUUUAAUCGCUGUUAACUGCAGUAUUUUGUACAAGUGUCUAGACAGUUUACAAGACUUUAGGCCCACCUCCCUGUAGCCUGAUUUAAACCUCAGUGGGGAGCAAACGCUAUCAUUCUGGUCACCAACAUGAGAAGGAAUUCUGGGCACUGCCCAGAUUUUCACAGUGCUGCUAAUAUCCCAGCUCUGGCCAGCUGCAACUAAGUCCUCUAUCUUUUAACAUUAGCACUUAAGAUUGAAGUAAUUGGCAUGUCAGGUGACAAUUAUCAAGCAGAAGUAACAUGACUGAAGGUGGAGCUAGUCCUUUCACAGAAAGCCAACUCAAGGGUGGUCUUUGAAACCCCUUCCACUAGCAUGUCUGGAUUUUCAUGCAAUGUUGCCCCUCAAGAAAGUAUUUUACUUUGUUUCCCCAACCACCUAGAACAUGAGAUGUGUCCAUCUCAUAGGUAACGGGCCAGUGUGGACUGAUGAGUAUGCAACUUCCCAGUCCUGAGAAAACUAGCAAGCAGAUGGAAUGAUCUCUACGUAUAGCACCAAAUACACUCAAUUGCCUUCUUAAUGAAUGUACUCGUCUUGGAUGGGUUGCUGGUAAACCAUUUUAAACUAUUUUUUAUAGCAAAAGUUCUUCACUAUUAUAAACAUGUUUUCUGUAUUAUAAAAUCCAUUUUAAAAGGAAAAGCAGAGCAUCAAGCCUUUCUAGGGCCAGGACUCAUGCCCCUUUGUAAUUUUGCUUGCCUUCUAUGGUACCUGCUCUCUGCAGCAGGGGACUUUCUGUGGCUUUGCUCCAAAUUCUGUCCUAUUACCAGUGAGCAAAUGCCAAUCACAUUUUUCUACGGAAGAACAACCUGCUGAAUUCAAUGGAAGCAGGCGCUCUCUCU